GGGGGCGGCGGUGGGGGUGUUCACGGCCGGCUAGACAGUCCGUGCUCGUGCAGGAGGAGGGCUGCUCCCAUCAGGGGACGUGCACGAUCCCCCCCCCUCACCUUGUCCCCUCCCCAAACUCCAAAAAAAAAAAAAAAUCCAAAACACACUGCCACCCACCGUGUCCCCCCCCACCCGAUCCCCACGCCUCCAUCCCGUCCCGGCCUGCGUGCUAGCGAGCGCGGGAAGCCCACGGCGACUGUGCGUGGCUGUGCCAGGCUGCAGGAUAUUGGUCUGCAGGAUGGAGUUUCUUCGGGUCUGGCAAGCCCCUGAUCAGAGGAAUUCUGAUCGGAAGAUUUCAGUGUUUAAGGCAUUAAGAGAAUAGCCUGAAUUGUUCAUGGAGUUUUUCAUCAGUAUGUCUGAAACCAUUAAAUAUAAUGACGAUGAUCACAAAACUCUGUUCCUGAAAACACUAAACGAACAGCGCCUGGAGGGAGAGUUUUGCGACAUUGCCAUCGUGGUUGAGGAUGUAAAAUUUCGAGCACACAGAUGUGUUCUUGCCGCCUGCAGCACCUACUUUAAAAAGCUGUUCAAGAAGCUUGAGGUUGAUAGCUCUUCAGUGAUAGAAAUAGAUUUCCUGCGUUCUGACAUCUUCGAAGAAGUCCUGAACUACAUGUAUACGGCCAAGAUUUCCGUAAAAAAAGAAGAUGUCAACCUGAUGAUGUCCUCAGGUCAGAUUCUUGGGAUCCGGUUUUUGGAUAAACUGUGUUCUCAGAAGCGUGACGUGUCCAGUCCAGACGAAAACAACGGCCAGUCCAAGAGUAAGUACUGCCUCAAGAUAAAUCGCCCCAUCGGGGACGCUGCCGACACCCAGGACGACGACGUGGAGGAGAUUGGGGACCAGGAUGACAGUCCUUCCGACGACACAGUAGAAGGCACCCCCCCGAGUCAGGAGGACGGCAAGUCACCCACCACGACGCUGCGGGUGCAGGAGGCGAUCCUGAAAGAGCUGGGCAGUGAGGAAGUUCGCAAAGUCAACUGCUACGGCCAGGAAGUAGAGUCCAUGGAGACCCCGGAAUCCAAAGACUUGGGGUCCCAGACCCCUCAAGCCUUAACCUUUAAUGAUGGGAUGAGCGAGGUGAAAGACGAACAGACCCCAGGCUGGACCACAGCGGCCAGCGACAUGAAGUUUGAGUAUCUGCUCUACGGCCACCACCGGGAGCAGAUCGCCUGCCAGGCGUGUGGAAAGACGUUUUCUGACGAGGGCAGGUUGAGGAAGCAUGAGAAGCUACACACGGCCGACAGGCCCUUCGUCUGUGAGAUGUGCACCAAGGGUUUCACCACGCAGGCCCACCUGAAGGAACACUUGAAAAUCCACACGGGCUACAAGCCCUACAGCUGUGAGGUGUGCGGCAAGUCUUUUAUCCGCGCCCCGGACUUGAAGAAGCACGAGCGGGUUCACAGCAACGAGCGGCCAUUCGCGUGUCACAUGUGUGACAAAGCCUUCAAACACAAGUCCCACCUCAAGGACCACGAGCGACGGCACAGGGGGGAGAAGCCGUUUGUGUGCGGCUCGUGCACCAAGGCCUUCGCCAAGGCUUCGGAUCUCAAAAGGCACGAGAACAACAUGCACAGUGAGAGGAAGCAGGUGACGCCCAGCGCCAUGCAGAGCGAGACAGAACAGUUGCAGGCCGCGGCCAUGGCUGCCGAGGCGGAGCAGCAGCUGGAGACGAUCGCCUGCAGCUAGAGGUGGCAGGGCAGGUGGCCCAGCCCAGGGGAGUGUGCAGACGGAGGUGGCCGCCGUGGGAAUGGGUGAGCGCCGGUUGCCGGGCUCUCGUGAACGCAAGCGGAGCAUUGGACUCGCUGGACUUCGGGCGGUGUUUGGGUAGAUCUUUUCAAAACUUUUCUGGGAAGUUAUGUUCCUAGGUUCUGACCGAACAAUUUUCAAUGUCCUGUUUUGUGUCUAGUAUUCAUGUUGCCAGUAAUCCCCCUGCCCUCGUCUCUCCCUGUUUGAUGAUUUUGAGGACUCCUAUGUCUCCGGUUUGGAAGUGAGAGACUUUGUUGUAUUUUUAAUCCCUCUGUACUUGCCAAGCCGGUGAGUGCACUGCACAGAGUAAUAUUUGAGUAAGUUGAUUUCCUAAUCAUUAGAGUGAUAUGUGACUUGGGAUCAAGACAGCAAUUUUAAUAACUUAAUGAAAGUACUUGAUAUAGACACAGAAAAGGUUGGUACGUGGUUCACCAGGAAUACUGCGCAGGUCCGAAAACAAGUUCUGGAAAUGCAGAAUGAUAAUAUGAUUUGUAUUUGGCUUGUUGAUUUUCUAUCACUGGUUUUUAUGUUUAUUUUCUUUUAACUGUUCUCGUGGACAAAUAAGAGUUGCUUUGCCGAAGUGUUGUUUCAUCCGUGUUGAUUUGCCCCACAUCUACCCUGAAAGCUGUAGUCACACGUGCCGGAGGCUGAACAGGCCACCAUGUCGCUGCUGGUCUUGGGCUGAGUUCCUAGCCAGUGUGCCACAGCAGGAAUGUGUGGAAUGGACCAGAAAAGGCUCUCGGAAACAAUGUUUUUACAUGUGCAAGGUUUCCUAGAGCCAAGUAAUGUUUUCGUUUUGCAGUUGGGUUUGUAUCUGUGAUCAUAAGCAGGACAUGAAUGGAUGUGCUCUCCAGGUGCACUUGUGUGUGUCACAGAAGGUCGCGCUGGGCUCUGCAGCACACGGAUGACCAGUAACAGAGAUGCAAUAUGCUUAAAUUAAUAAAUUCAGAAUCUUUUUUAAAAGG